CAAAAUCGACGAUGCACUCACUUCAGUCGUGCACAAAUUUGAUGCUUUCUUUCUGUUACAAAUAUAUAACAAACUUCACUAUAAUCAUAACAAACUUUCUUCCAUCAACAUGAAACCUCCAUUGCCAUUGUCAUUGCUCGUAGUAUCCACACUUCGAUCUUCAUAAUCUUCUGCUGCUGCUGCAUUUCAUCGUUACGGAUCCAUAGGAACUUUCUUGUUCCAGUUAUAUUGAAACACCACCAUCUUGAAUACAAAGGCUGAAAAAGUGUUUGAAGACUUUGUUGAUAAAGAAAAUGGCUCGGACAUCGAAAACUAGUCCGUUUGGACCCAAAAGACAUCCAGAGGAGUCGAGAACAAAUACCGAAGGUGAAAAGAAAGACGACAAGGAGGAGGAAAGCAGCUCAAGUAGUAGUGACUCAGAGGAAAAUACACAAGACAAGGAGCAGGAAAAGGCUAUGGGGAAGAGACCAAUGCAAGCUAAAACGAGAAAGCGGAAAACGACAGUGUAUGAGAUGAUCAGUGGCCCGGAGAGAGCCAAACGAACUGUAACGAAAAGAGGCAGGGGAAAGUCCAUGGCGUAUACUGCUAGACUUUGGAGUAAACAUCAUCCAUGGAUUGAUGUACCGAAAAAAGCCGACUCUAAACCAAAAAGUACACAAGAUAAGAAGCAGGGAAAGAGACCAAUGCAAGCUAGAAACGGAAACCAGAAAACGACACUAGCCAAAGGAAAUGUAACUAAAAGAGGCAGGGGACAAUCGACAGCAAAUACUAAAAGAUCACCACGAAAAAGGGCCGACCCAAAACUCAAAGAAGAAGAUGAUGUGUUCCCGAGUUCAGAAACAGAUUCAGAGGAAGUUUGUAAACGAAUUAAGAUCGAAAGCCAUGAUCAUGAUGAUGAUGACACCGAUAACGAUGGAGGAGGAGCAGGAACACAUGGUAAUCUAACAAGUUUGGGAAUAGAAGUUGUAACUAAAUGAUGAAAGAGUUUAAACCAUUAGACAUCAGAUUACUUGAUUUUACUUUUGAAAGCUAGCUGAAAAUACUUGACAUCUAGAAAUCGGAUUAAAUACACGCGUUCAUUGAUGAUUCUCGCUAA